UUUAUUCUACACAUAUCUUCUAAUACUGAUUUGGAAGUGCUAGUUUUGCUCAACCCUGUGGAAGAAUGGCUUUUGUCUCGGUAGUUGUUAUUUACAAAAUAACAAACUGAGUGUGUAUAUAUAUAUAUAUAUAUAUAUAAUGGUAUACAGAAAGGAGCAUAAAUAGAAUUAAAAAAUACUGGAAGCUUAACAUGAACAGCACCAACAGGUCAUACAACUUAAGAAUCAUCCAGAAUUAGAGGAAGCUUUGAUUUGGGUUUUUUGUCACUUAAACAUCCCAGAAACAGCGCUUAUAGAAAACCUUCAGAUAGAACAUUAACACAUUCGUGUGAGAAAGGGAUCUAGAUCCUCACCGGUACAAGUUUUUGUAUUGAGCUUUGUUGUAUAUGUGCAACACCAUUACAUUGAGGAUGCAAUACUUUAAAUCAAGAAUGCAACUUCGAUGGAAAGAUGAUUUUUUUUUUUUUUUUUAUAUAUUAAAGUUGUUGCUGUAUUACAUCUAGAUGUAAUAUGUUGCGUGAGUGUUACACAUUCGAAGUAAAAGUGUUACAUCCUCAAUAUAACAUUAUUGCAUAUGCAUUUGAAAACACUGUAUUGGAGAGGAUCCUGAUUCGUGUCCAACGGUACAAGUGGGGGUUGGGUCCAAGAUAUUUGGUUGAAUUGGGUUCAGAUCCAAUCCCCGAGUAUUUAUAACGGAUCAGAAUCAGAUUACCUAUCUCGGCCCAUCUCCAUCUCUCCAUCUUGUUAUGUAGUUCUACGUGUAUGCAUGAGUGACAACUACGCAAGCCGAAAGUAACACAUCUAUUAAAUAAAUUCAUGUGGUGAUGUCAUUUCAUCUAUUUGCCUCUCAUCCGUUUCACUUUUCAGUUUCUUUAUGGAGCAAAUUCAUUUAUUUUCUUAUAUGCAUAUUCAUUUUAGGAAAACUGAACCAUUAUUCAUGUUGGCACCUUUUCAAAUUAAACUUCAGGAUAACAGUGACAUGAUGAACAAACUAGUGGUAAAUGUUGUUUGUUGCACAUAAUAGCCGAAGACAUUAUUGUUGGAAAAAUACGUAGGUUCUGAAAAGAACUCUGUUUAAAAUUAUAUGAAUGUGUGCGCUGCUUUGGCAUUAAUUCUGUCAAUUUAUAUAAGAAUUUCUUAAUACACCAAGAAUUUAUGCUUUCACAUAGCUGACUUAGAACAUGUAAAUACACAUACACAUGUAUAUGUAUUGCCAAACAUGCAUUUUCUUGGUAUCAGAAAUCAUAACAUGCACCACUUGUUCUUGUGAAUCACAGUUUUCCUUUUCGAAUGACGCCUUAUUAAUCUUUGAAUUGUUCACUAUCACCACAUGAACCUUGUACCUUGUGAUCAUGCAAAAUACCCACAUUACCAGAACCAUCUCGCACAUGCCAGCACCUCAUGCAUGCUUUCUGUUGCAUCUCCACGCUAAAAUUUCCUUAGCCUCUGUAACCCAAAUCAGUGAAUGAACAAUUCUAUAUAUAAUACAUGCAACUCAUAAACAGAGUCAAGUACUCAGUGUAUCACCAACCACAGAAUCUUAUGCCCAUCUCACGACCCACCCUUGCUUGCAUGAGCUGCUAAUGGUCCAUAUUCUCCAUACAAGGCUCUCAGUUUUUUUCUCUCAACUGAAAAUUUUCAACCCCUUUCACCCUGUCUCAUAGGAAGGUCUUAAGAUAGUAAAGAUUAAGGAGGUGAGAACUACCUUUUCAUUUUUGAACUUUUCUCCUUGAAAUUCUCUUUGUUAAGUUUGCACUCGUGCUUUGAGUGAAAAGCAGUCAUGGGAAGUUAUAAGGCAGUUUCGUGUACUGUUAUUUUCUUGGUUUUGUUGUGUUUGGGGCUGCUCGGUUACGCAACUGUUGAAGCUACUAGAGAAGGGAGGUUUUUGAGUCGUAAGAGUGAUGAUUUGAAAAGUGGGAACCAAAAUGAGUAUGGUGAAGAGGCUGGCUAUGAAGAGCUUGUAGCAGGUGGUUAUGGGAGUGGGUCAGGCGGUGGUUUUGGCGGCGGUGGUGGUGGUGGUGGAUUUGGCAAUGGUGGUGGAGGGUUUGGUGGUGGUGGGGGCUUUGGUGGUGGUGGGGGCUCUGGCUCUGGCAUAGGCCAAGGUGGGGGGUAUGGUUCAGGUGGUGGUAAUAAUGGUGGAUGGAAUGGCGGUGGCUAUGGUUCCAGAGGUGGAGGGAGUGAUGGGUCUGGUUCAGGAUAUGGUAGCAAUGGCGGUUUUGGUGGUGGUGCUGGUGGUGGAGGCAGUGGAGGAUUUGGUCAUGACGGGGGCUAUGGAUCUGGUCCUGGAUCAGGAUACGGUAACGGUGGGGCUUAUGGAGGAGAAUCAGGCCACUAUUUUGCUCCAGGCAAGAAGCACUGAUAUAAAACUAGUUAUGUAGGAGUGGGGUAACAUUAGGGCUUGAGAAUAAGGAUGUUGUUUGUCCACUUUAUAAAAAUGUAUUGUUUCUUUGUCAACUUUUGUUUCCAUCCAACUGUAAACAUUUUAGCAGUAUCGUGUAAUAAAUCGAAGUAGUGGCUCCUAUGCUGUGAAAUGAAAUGAGUAUCAUCUAAUCAAAAGCCGCCUUCUUCACAAAUAAAAAUUUGGUCUUUUCUUUUUACCGUAAAUAUCAAAAGUGAGUGAAUGAUUCAUUCCACACUAGAAAAAAUCGUAGGAACUCCUUUGAUAAACAUAGACAAAAAAACUCACCCACAAAAAAGAUUGCAUUAUACAAUUAAUGUUUUGACAACAAAUUACAAUGACCCAAUCCAUCCCAGCAAAUGUGGCAUUUUUUUUCAUGAUUAACUUGAACAUAUAUGUUUUUUAUUUUUUAUUUUUAUUUUAUUUUUUUUUAUAAAAGUGACUAAUACACUGGUGCAUGUGAGGUGGUGAAUGAAUUAAGUCACACAGGUAUGGGGCCAGAGUUGAGAAGCGACAAAAUUUAAAUCACACGGUAAAAUCGGGAGUAAGAAAGUGGAGUGUAGUAGUGCAAGAUCGGCACCCAUCUAAAAGAAUUAUGUGACUGGCGGUGACCGGAGAUGGUGAGAGCUUACUUGAACCUGUUCUGGCAUGGGUUGUAAGACUGACAAGUGCAAGCCCUGGUAAAAGACACAAGAUCAAUCCUCUAGAAACCCGAAACCCAACUGUUCUAUAAUCUGUCAGAAGAAAAAAAAAAAAACUGUACUAUAAUCAAAUCAUAUCAAAGGCUAAAAAGCUCAUAACACUAUAUAGCCCAAUAAAAGCCCAUGUAACUUAACAAGGGUUAUUCCCAUCUAAAUUAACGUAGGUCUAUUCAAUUUGAAUGGAACCAUAAUUCCUUUUUUUGCAUUUGGCGAGUAAAAUUAAUUUAUUUAAAUCAGA